AUGGUUGACUGGAGUCCGGUAGCGAGGGCGUAUGACCCGCUGAAAGCUGGCAGCAUCGACAGCACAGACGUGGAGCCCCAUGACCGGGCGGUAUGGAGGGCUAUGUGUGCCCGCUACAAGCCCAACAAAGGUGUUAUUGGAGACCCCCUGCUCACUCUGUUUGUGGCCCGUCUAAACCCGCAGACAACAGAGGACAAACUCCACCAAGUGUUCUCAAAGUACGGAGACAUCCAGCGGCUCCGGCUGGUCCGGGACAUCGUGACGGGGUUCUCUAAAGGGUACGCUUUCAUCGAGUACAAGGAGGAGAGGUCGAUCGUCCGAGCGCGAAGAGACGCCAACAAACUGGUGGUCGACCAGCAUGAGGUGUUUGUGGAUUUUGAACAGGAGAGGACCCUCAAAGGUUGGGUCCCCCGACGGCUCGGUGGCGGGCAGGGAGGGAAGAAAGAGUCCGGACAGCUGCGGUUCGGCGGCAGGGACAGACCUUUCCGCAAACCCAUUAACCUGGGGGUCGGUCCGGUGCAGGAGCGAGGAGGAGGUGCUGACGGCGUGGGUGGCUGGAGGGAGAGGGACAGACACGGGGGGAGAGACAGGGAGGACCGAGACCGACACAGAGAGGUCGAGUGGGGCAGUAGAGGAGGGAGAGACGACCGGGACAGGGUCCGAGAGAGGGACGACCGCAGACAUGGAGACAGGAGCAGGCAGAGGGACAGGAGGUGA